UAAGUACUAGUUUUUCUAGGUUACAUGAUAGAGCACAGACCAUACUCUGGUAUGUCUCUAUCAAGUAAAUCCCUAUAGCAUGGAGGUCAGUUAUGGAGAUCGGAGCGGCUGACCGUGGGCGAAUCAUUGCCCUUUCUUUUCGUUUUCUGAUGUUUCUGAAUGGUAUUUUUUUUUUUUUCGAUAUGGCGCCCUGUAGUAGUGUUCUUACCCAUUCCUUCUAUCUGAAUCAGGGGUUGACCGUCACAUCGCACCCAAAACAAGCUAGAACGAGCUAAGAGGAGGUGGUGGAAUGGCGACAUGGGCAGGGAUUUCCAUGCGGUUCGGACCGGAGGGCUGAUCAU